AUGAAUCGUAUAAAGAAGAAAGCCACCGAAAAGAUGGCAUUAGUGAACAAAAAAAAGAAAAAACCGAUGCCCGUUGAAACGGAAUACGAUUCUUACGAUUCCAUGGUAGAGAAUGGCACCGACGAGGACGAUGAAGACGAUUCUAUUGCCAACGAUAGCCAGGAUAGUGGCCUCGAAAGUGGUGCCUUCGUACACGCCACAAAACCAUUGAAAAAAAUGUCCAAAGCAGCAAAGCGCAAAAUGGUCGCCCACGAUGACGAUGAGGCACACCGGAAGCGUGUGAAAGCCGUCAAGGAGCUGUACAAACCGCCAACUGUGGAAGAGCUAAACCGUUUAAAGGAAACUGAAAAUUACUAUCACUCGAAUCUCUUUCGCAUGCAAACAGAGGAAAUGCUAAAAGAGGUGCGCGUGCCAACCAAGCUGGGUCGUUUCGUGCAAGUAUGGAUCGAAGAGUUCAAAGAGGUGCUGCAAACCGUUGAGGAUGGUACUAGCGAUCGAUGGCUGUUGGACCUGAACUACGAUGGUGUGGAAUUUCCAUUAAGCCUAGACAAACUGGAAAACGUGCAGGAAUUGAUAGGCAACGAGCGAUUUCGAUUCGUUCAGCAGCGCCAUGUGCGUACGAUCGGCGGCAGUGAUGGAAUGCUUCGCACCUCGUUUGGCAAACCACUGAUUGUGGAUCUUUUGUUGGUUAUCCCAGAGAAAUGCUUCCACAAAGAAGACUAUCUGAAUCUGCGCUAUCAUUGCAAGCGGGCGCAUUAUCUCUGCACGAUUGCACAACGUCUUUUGCAGUCGGGUGGAGAAAACCUAGUGUCGGGCAUUCGUUUCGAGGCACUGAAGGGCGAUCAGCUGAAACCGGUCCUUGUAAUGCAGCCAGCUGAUGCACGAUUUAGGAAAAAGGUGCACUUUCAGCUGCAUGCCAUUAUCGAUGGAAGCAAGUUUCCUAAGAAGCGGUUCCUUCCGCAUCGGAAUAACGUACGGCCAGCCCUAAUCGGACGGGCUCAGACGGAUUGCACAGAAGAGGAUUAUGAAAAUUUUCCAACGCCCCACUACAACAGCUCUAUACUGUACGAUGUGCGUUUGGCGAAAAACGCAGAACUGCUUGAAGGUAUCAUCCAGUCGGACAGUAUCCGUGAAGCAAUCAUUCUGCUGAAAGUGUGGGCACGUCAGCGUCAUUUCGAUCGUGGCCGGUAUGGAUUUGACGGUGGCCUGAUCACGUUCUACAUCGCCUAUCUGCUGCAGAGCAAGCGAAUCUAUCCUAACAUGAGCAGCUAUCAGGUUAUUCGACUCUUCUGGAACCAGCUAGCCGGUAGCAGUUGGGAUACGGAGGGCAUAUCGUUCGACGAAAGCAGCAAGGAUACGCUCCUAUCGUUUUUCCGCUAUUACGAGGUGGUCUUUCUGGAUCCACUUGGGACGUUGAACAUCACGGCCAAUCUACCGGUGGAUCUGUACCGGCGUGUACGCCAAGAAAGCGCUCUAGCGAUCCGGUUGUUGGACAAUCGCAAGAUCAAUUCUUUCCUCGCACUCUUCCUGGCUAGCUAUUCGGCGUUCAGUCAGUAUGAUCACAUCGUCAUCAUUAACGAUGCUCGACUCAUCCAUGCCACGAUCGAUUCCUUUGCGGAGGACGCCGACCGUUUGAAUUAUUGUGGUGAUCGGCAAGCCCUCUUUACCCGCAUGGUCGAACGGUUGUUGCGCAAGGGACUAGGCACACGCGCUUCUUACCUCGUUCCUUUGGCUACGGCUCAACCUGACGAGUGCACUCUGACCGCUGAACCCCGAUUUGCCCUCGGCAUUUCUCUUAACAGAACGGACGCGUUUAAUUUAGUCGACAAGGGCCCGGAAGCGAUCGACGCAGCAGCUAGUGAGGCGUUCCGGGCUUUCUGGCAUGGCAAGGCAGAGCUGCGUCGCUUUAAAGAUGGUUCGAUCACCGAGUCAUGCGUGUGGGGUGAAAUGGAAAACCCAAUCGGACAGAAGCGACUGAUCGUGCGCUCGAUCGUGUUGUUUCUGCUGAACGCGCAUUUAGAUAUUAAAGCGAAAAAGGUCAGCUAUUUGGCGGCCCAGUUCGAGGCAGCAAUAAAACCAUGGCCUGUGCAGGAGCUAGAUGCAAUGCACGAGACGAUCGAGGAACGAUCGCUUGCCGUCAUCCGUACAUUCGAUACACUUGGGCGUAUGAUGCGCGACCUUGACCAGCUUCCGUUGACGAUCAAUGCCAUUCUCGGUACGGAUGCUGUCUUCCGGUAUGCCGAUCCUGAUCCUCCGCGACCGACCGCCAGUGGACUGCUGGUGAAUGGGCAGCUGGUGUUUUUGAGUGGUAAACCAAUUCUCGCGACGAUUCAACUGGCAACCAGCGGUAAAUGGCCCACAGAGCUGGAAGCAAUCCGCCGUUUAAAGGCUGCGUUCUAUCUUCGCAUCGCCAGUUGCAUGGAAAACGUGCGUAAUGGAACCAGCAAACCGGUAGCACAUGCUUACAAUGAUUAUCUUGAUGUGCUGUAUGAAAAAUACCUUUUCCGCUUCGUCAUCAUUCACCAGCGGGAAAUUAGUAUCCUGCGCGAGUACCUCUCGGAGAACAAAGUAACACGGUUGCAGCAGGACACGGAUGAAAGUGUCGCGCUCGAGAUGCAGGCAACGAUACUACCGAAACUUACCAGUAUCUUGCACGGAUUGCACCAGCAACACUUCUCCUUCGGGUCAGUAGCGUCCAUCGCCAAACGAUGGCUGUACGCACAGUUAAUCGACCCUUACCUGUGGCCAGACGAGUGCACAGAGCUGCUACUAGCGGCACUGUACCUGAACCAACCUCUGCAACCUCCGGUACAACCACAGACCGGGUUCCUGCGUUGGCUGCAGUACGUCGCUUCCACCGAUUGGAGCAAGGAGCUGAUCGUAGUGAACUUUAACGACGAACUGACCAGUGACACGAUCGAUCAGCUGGAGAAACAGUUCUACGAUCACCGGCAGUCGUUCCCACCGCUCACGAUCGUCACACCAUGUGACGCAGGAAAGUACGGACUGUUCGGGCGCAGGGCACCCACGGUCGAGAUACUGAAUCGGGUCACCCUGUUGGCGCAAGCGGCGAUUGGCAUUAUCGAAUCGAACCUACCGACGCUCCGUAACAGGGUUCAGGACUUCUUCCAACCGUGUCUCGAAGGAUACAACGUUAUAAUCCACCUGGACAGCACGAUCGUGCUACCGAUCGGUGUACGCGCUUCAAGCGAGAUUGGCGUCCGGAAGCAACCGAGUCUGUUCAUGAAUCCUCCCGAAAAGGAACCGGCGGCCGGUUUCGAUGUGGUGCGGUUUUACUUGCAUGAGCUACGCGAAGCCUAUGGCCAGUUCGCCAUCUUUUUCUACGAUCCGUGCGGUGGAGACAAGAUUGGUGUGCUAUGGCGCCCGCAGGCACUGGAAGAGAAACCUUUUACGACAACAAACGUAAAUGGAAGAUUGCUGGGUGAAAACGGCACGCUGCAACUGAACAUAGACGCAUUAUUGCGAGAUUUCGAAAUCCUUGGCCAGGGAUUGGUGAAGCGCGUCGAAAGAAGGUAG